UCCUGCUGCCUGUUGUUCCGCCACUCGGCCAAUGGGAGGCCGGCUGUCGAUCAUCUUCGGUCCAAUCAGAGCAGCAGAUUCCGGGCUCCCAUCGAGAGUUGGGUUGUUCAAUCUGGGAGUGAGGAGGACAACAAGCAGUUUUUCCCCCUUCUCGUGUGCGGGAUGGAUGCGUUGCGGCGAUGAAUGUUCCAGCAGAUGUUGAUGAUAGUGGAUAUGGCUGAAAGCCCCAAGAGUUGCUGUUCUCGUCGAACUUAAUGAUGUUUUUCCAAAAAUCUGAUCAAGGCAACAAUUUGUACAAAUGACUUGCUGCCCGGCUAGAGGACGUGCGUCCCACCACUGAGGGCACAUGUGCAUGUGGAGAGAUGGAUCGCUGUAAGCAUGUGGUGCGCCUUCGCCUGGGCCACAACCACUCCAUCCUCAAUCCGCAGAAAUGGCACUGCGUGGACUGCAGCACCACCGAUUCGGUGUGGGCCUGCCUCAAGUGCUCCUACGUUGCCUGUGGACGCUUCAUGGAGGAGCACUCCCUCAAACACUUUCAGGAGUCCCACCACCCGCUGGCCAUGGAGGUGCGCGAGCUGGACGUCUUCUGCUUUGCCUGUGGAGACUAUGUACUCAACGACAACGCAGAGGGAGACCUCAAGCUCCUCCGGGGGGCCCUCUCAACUGUCCGGAGCCCGGGCAGGCGCUCGCUGCGCUCCUCGGCUUGGGUGGCAUGCACCCACCGCCCUGGGGAAAGCGCCCCGCAGCCUCCAAUGCAGCUGGCCUUGCGCCACAGGAGAAAGAGCCUCCUGGCAAAGAUGCUUCAGCGGUGGAUGAGCAAAUAUCGGGAGCUGCAGAACGAACGCAAAGAGAAGCUGGAGGAGGUGAAAAGACAGAAAAAGGAGGUGAAAAGGAGACUCAUGGAAGAGCUGGGCAGUGUCCCCCCUAGGAAGAGUGCAAGGCUUCUUACUCAGGCGCCGCGUUCAACCAUCACUCUCAUUCCUUGCAAGUUCCGUGACCCUCCGGAACGCCUGCCUCCCCCUCCUCUGAAGAAGCCUUCCCUCCUCGCCUUGUCAAGGAAGGCCCCUCCCAACGGCAGAGCUGCUAAAUUGAGGCGGUACUACGCGGCUCACUCUGCGACUCGCCGUCGACUCGCUCCGGGGGUCACCGGUCUGCGCAACCUGGGGAACACGUGCUAUAUGAACUCCAUCUUGCAAGUGCUGAGUCACCUGCAGAAAUUCAGGGAGUGUUUUCUCACUUUGGACCUGUGCGAGACAGAAGAGCUGCUAGCCAAGACUAACCACUCGCAGGGGAUGAAGCCAGCGCCGGGAAGUGUUGUCAGCAGCGGUAAGGCGGAGCUGACCUCAAGUCCGCUGGGAAAUGUGACAAUGGGCAACAAGGAGAGCGUUCCGCCGCCCCCUCAGGCUGCCGAGUUGGUUCAGCCCAAGGAGCCUCGCUGCUCCACCCGCCAGCAGAUGUCUCUGUGCCAUGAGUUGCAUACGCUUUUCAGGGUCAUGUGGUCGGGCCGCUGGUCGUUGGUGUCCCCGUUCGCCAUGUUGCACUCGGUUUGGAACCUCAUCCCAGCAUUCCGGGGCUACGACCAGCAGGACGCCCAGGAGUUCCUGUGCGAGCUGCUGGAUAAGGUGCAGCAAGAGCUGGACACAGAGGGCUCCAAGCGCAGGAUAGUAAUCCCCAUCACCAAGAGGAAGCUCUCCAAACAAGUGCUGAAGGUUCUUAACACCAUCUUUCACGGGCAGCUACUCAGCCAGGUGACGUGUCUGUCCUGCAAGCACAAGUCCAACACAGUUGAGCCAUUCUGGGACCUGUCUCUGGAGUUCCCCGAGCGCUACCACAGCGUAAACAAAGGCUCCACGGCCUACCAGCGUAGCUGCACCCUAACCGAAAUGCUGUCCAAGUUUACUGAGACAGAAGCGCUCGAAGGCAGCAUUUAUGCCUGCAACCACUGCAACAAAAGAAGACGGAAAACCUCCCACAAGCCUUUAGUUCUUUCAGAAGCCCAUAAGCAGCUUCUGAUCUACCGCUUACCUCAGGUUCUACGGCUGCACCUCAAGCGCUUCAGGUGGUCGGGGCGGAACCAUCGGGAGAAAAUCGGCGUCCACGUGGCCUUUGACCAGGUUCUAAACAUUAGACCCUACUGCUGCACGGGCUCGGGUCACUCGGUCCACAGGGGCGGGUACACCUACGACCUGUCGGCCGUGGUCAUGCAUCACGGGAAAGGCUUCGGCUCAGGGCACUACACCGCAUACUGCUACAACACAGAAGGAGGUUUCUGGGUCCACUGCAACGACUCAGAGAUGAAGGUUUGCAGCGUGGAGGAAGUGUGCAACACUCAGGCCUACAUUCUCUUCUAUACCCAGAGGUCCGCUUAGGCGCCUCUUGCUGUGACGUGCACCUGGACCUGCUGAGCCUCGCCCGAGGAGACGAUCUUCACACCUGGAGACGAUAGCGAGUCGAGUGCAGGCCUCCGCCAAGGUUGACCAGUUGGAAGUAAGAGUGGAACAGGAUGAGUAAAACCCUCCCAUUUCAUCAAGCUUUUUAUCAAUUGACCUCACAAGGUUCAACUUGGAUGUACUUUAAAGUAGUCAGUUUACAGCAGUAGCUCUAACACACAUACUUUAAUGUGUAGAUAUCUGGCAACACAAGUGAACAUGUUCCAAAAGUGUGAAUAUUUAGUGUAACCAUUAUUUAACUGCUUUAAUCCUAUUAAUAAUGAUGAUAACUGGGAUUUAUAUAGCGCUUUUCUAAGUACCCAAAGUCGCUAUUGGAUGUGGAGUUGAUCAGAACAUCAAUCUGCAAUCAUCUUUCACUCCUCCAUGAUAACAUCACUGCUGGAACUGAAUGUUGCACACAUUUGUACUCCUUCACCUUCCUUCCUUCCUUCCUUCCUAUUUUCUUUCUUCAGUGCUCAAUUAUGUCCAGGAGACAUGCUUGUCCACUUCAUACCCUUCACUUUCUUCAACAAGACACUUGUCAUCUUGGAGGUGUGUUUCAACUCUAUGUCCUGGUAAAAAAAGAGCUACUUUUUCAGGUCCACAGUGGCACAGUGCAUGUUGAAAUUCACGUUUCUCGGCAAUGGACCACAGCUCCUCAAUGCCAGCAGCACUCAUGCAGCCCCACACCAUACUUUACUGUUGGUAAACAUAAAGAUCUUCCUACUUGCUGGUGUUGCCAGCUAUUUAGACAAUAAUGUGUGUGUGUUGACUCAUUUUUUAGUGGAUAGUAAAGCUAGACUGUUUUAUCUUAGGACCAAAUUUUGCGCGUAACAAACAUGUUCCUUUUCGCGCGUACCGUUCUGUGCAAUGAAGUGUCCAAACAAAGAAUUUUACGCGUUAAUGACUCACUCUGUGUGCUUUUUUUAAUUUAGUGCCUAGUGCAAAAUAAGCCAUCAGGGCGCCAAAGAAAGUUGUGAGUGCCAGCACUUUGAUAAAGAAGGUGAAAAACACCAUUGAAUUCAAGAAAAAAUGUGUAGCAAAGUACAAAAGGUACCUGUCAUUUAUCCAUUUAACUUGUUGUUUUCUACAUGUGAAACUGUAAUUAUUCUCUCUAAAAUGUUUUGUUUUCAUAUUUUUGGGUCUAUCUUUGGAUCUACUUUAUUUCUUAUGAGGAGAAUUUGUUUUUUGUUCGGACCCUUUGGAACAUAUUGCUACAUCAAAUGGAGGUACCACGGUACUGCUAAACAAGCUGUACGCUGACUACUUUAAAUUGUAGUGACUCUACUGGGUUCUUGUAUGAUGACUCCAUGAAUAAAAAAUAUGUGGGAUGUGUUAACCUUGGCGAAGGUAACUAACUGAUGAUCUCCAACGGAUUAGUUUUUCUCCACAAAAAACAUUUGGAAAGUGAAGCUACGGGUUUGUCCGCCUGGCACCAGCAGACUGUGUGCGCAGGUUCGAUUCUGUCCUGCCUCCUGAACACUGAGUAGUGUGUUUGCAUAUUCUGCAAUGCAGGACUUCUUUUAUUCCUCGCGAUGACGUCAUUUUGUGUGUUUUUGUAGCUUUAAGUGCUUCAUUGUCAGCGUACUUGAAAGAAGUCAGCAGGGAUAGAAGAAACGUGAGCUCCGGACUCUAAGCGAGCUUUUUUUUUUAAUUUUUUUUUAUAAUCCUCACGGUCAAAUGUCACUUCUGGAAGCUUAUUUUGGCCUCCACGUCAUCACGUCCUCUCCUGCUGGGAAUGUGGGCUCAUGUUUUUUUCGCGUUCUUUUCUCGUCAUUUUCUUUGACUGAAGCUGCAUUUUUGAGGAGCUCAUCUCACUAGUAUGUUUCAGACAAGUUUGAGGAAGUUUGGGGUAUAUUAGAUGGUGGUUUACCUUGAUAUGACCGCACGGUGAAAUAGUGGUUGCCAUGUCGGCCUCACAGUCAGGAGGUCGAGGGUCAUACUUGCCCACCCUCCCGAUUUUCCCGGUAGACUCUCGAAUUUCAGUGCCUCUCCCGAAAAUCUCCCGGGGCAAUCAUUCUCCCGAAUUUCUCCCGAUUUCCACCCGGACAACAAUAUUGGGGGCGUGCCUUAAAGGCACUGCCUUUAGCGUCCUCUACGAACUGUCAUCACGCCCGUUUUUCCUCCAUGAAAACAGCGUGCCGGCGGAGUCACAUACCAUAAGCGGCUUUUACACACACAUGAGCGAAUGCCAUGCAUACUUGAUCAACAGCCAUACAGGUCACACUGAGGGUGGCCGUAUAAAUAACUUUAACACUGUUACAAAUAUGCGCCACACUGUGAACCCACACCAAACAAGAAUGACAAACACAUUUCGGGAAAACAUCCGCACCGUAACACAACAUUACCACAACAGAACAAAUACCCAGAACCCCUUGCAGCACUAACUCUUCUGGGACGCUACAAUAUACACCCCCGCUACCACCAAACCCCGCCCCCCCAACCCUGCCCAUCUCAAACCCCCCACAUACAAAGUAGUACAGAAAGCAGAAAAGUAUUAAAUGUGUCCGCAUUAGGGAUGUCCGAUAAUAUCGGACUGCCGAUAUUAUCGGCCGAGAAAUGCUUUAAAAUGUAAUAUCGGAAAUUAUCGGUAUCGGUUUCAAAAAGUACAAUUAAUGACUUUUUAAAACGCCGCUGUUUACACGGACGUAGGGGGAAGUACAGAGUAGGGGGAAGUACAGAGCGCCAAUAAACCUUAAAGGCACUGCCUUUGCGUGCCGGCCCAGUCAUAUAAUAUCUACGGCUUUUCACACACACAAGUGAAUGCAAAGCAUACUUGGUCAACAGGCACACUUGGUCAACAGCCAUACAGGUCACACUGACGGUGGCCGUAUAAACAAUUUUAACACUGUUACAAAUAUGCGCCACACUGUGAACCCACACCAAACAAGAAUGACAAACAUAUUUCGGGAGAACAUCCGCACCGUAACACAACAUAAACACAACAGAACAAAUACUCCGAACCCCUUGCAGCACUAACUCUUCCGGGACGCUACAAUAUACCCCUGCUUCCCCCCACCCUCCCCCACACCUCAACCCCGCCCACCUCAACCUCCUCAUGCUCUCUCAGGGAGAGCAUGUCCCAAAUUCCAAGCUGCUGUUUUUAGGCAUGUUAAAUUAUGCACUUUGUGACUUCAAUAAUAAAUAUGGCAGUGCCAUGUUGGCAUUUGUUUUCCAUAACUUGAGUUGAUUUAUUUUGGAAAACCUUGUUACAUUGUUUAAUGCAUCCAGCGGGGCAUCACAACAAAAUCAGGCAUAAUAAUGUGUUAAUUCCACGACUGUAUAUAUCGGUAUUGGUUGAUAUCGGAAUCAGUAAUUAAGAGUUGGACAAUAUCGGAUAUCGGCAAAAAAGCCAUUAUCGGACAUCUGUAGUCCGCAUCAUUCAAUUUACUGUGUCAUGAGAUUAUUUCCAUGAAUUAUGAAUUAAACUUAAAGACAGCAUAAAUCCAUUCCAGAAGGUAAUAAUAAAUAGGUUACCGGUACUGUUUUUCAUACCUACCAAUAAAAAUGUAUUCGCAUCCUGUAUCUGUGCUAUUUACGGUAUUCCAAUUCUAAAUCAGUUAAUAUUUUCAAGAAUUGAUUUGGGGGAAAACAUGUUUUGCAGAAGUAUUUGUAUCCUGUAACCUAUUUUAGUUUUAUGAUCAUAUAUAUACCAAACAAUAUAUUGUGAGAAUUGGUUUGGAUGAAUCCUUAAAUCGAAUCAUCGCCCCAAGAAUCGAAUGGAGUGGUGAGUUGUUGUGAGAUUCACAUUCAUACCUACCAUAAGGGCUGCACGAUUAUGGUGUUAUCCAUAAAUUUACAGAAAAAUAUUUGUUGUUUUUUUUCAUUAUUAAUAUCAACAUGUCAGCUUUUUCUCAUUACAUGAUGCCUUAGAUCUAUUUUCUAUUUUUUAUGCUGUUUUUUUGGCGCCAUUUAAACAUUUUUUUUUUUAAUUCAUGAGUGACCAGCGCGUCAACAAUUGGACACCGCCCUUUGACCGAAUCAUACUUUUGUUCAUUUGUAGUGUGAAACAUGUAUAGUAAAUUACAAAAUAAAAAAUAUAGUUAUUUAGUGUAACGAUUUGACUCAUUUCAAAGAGUCAGUCAAUAAUCAUUUAUAUUUCCGCAUUCCCUGAAUUCAUACAUAUGCGCAGAUGCAGGGGGUGCACGAAUGCCAAUGGGGAGCAUGUCUCGCCAGAAAUGUUGGUACCUGAUGGAAAAGCCUUUCUAGACUCUAUUUAGCACGAUGGUCAGUUAGUCCUGCUAGUGUGACUCCAUGGAGACAAGCAGAGCAGCGUGUUGUGCAAACGUCCAAGGGCGUAAGAAUGAGUUUAACAUGGGUAGGACACAUACUGUAUUGGUAACCGAACAAAUCCAUAAAGAGUUUGAGCAGAAAUAUGUCGUAUAGCAGAGCUGGGCAAAUAUUUUGAGAGAGAGAGAGAGAGAGAGAAAAUAAUGUGUCUGGGGGGCCAAUGUGUAUGUGUGUAUAAAUGAUAUAUACACAUUUAGCUGUAAAGGUCUGCUGUACAGCAUGUGCGUUUGGGUCUCUUUUUUUCAGGAACACUAAUACCAAAAGUAAAUAAAAAAAUAAAAACCUACAAUAUGAUAUAUUAUCACUUUUAUGCAGAAAUUUGUUGUAAAAAUCUGCUUCCGCAUCUGUUCCUGACACACGCGUUUCGGGCUAGCUGCUCUGAAAACAAACCCCACUCUGCUUUGUUCCUCGUCUGAGCUGCUGUGACGUAGAUUACCUUAAUAACUUGUGUAACACUCAAAAGCGCAGAUUUCAACCAUUGAAACACUAGUUCAAGAAUUAGGGUAAUUUAAAAACAGCACUGCACAUCAUAAUGGCGGCUACAGUUUUGAUGUUAAAGGUCUCCAAAAAUUAUGUAGAACGUCCGGCGGGCCGGAUUGAACAUCUUAAUGGGCCGCAUGUGGCCCGCAAGCCGUAUUUUGCCCAGGUCUGUCUUAUAAGAAUGAUCUACACACCGCAAAACAUUCACAAAAUGUUAUGUCACAUUAACUAUUUUUUUUAAAGUAAAAACUUUGUGACAUAAAAUAAACCCACAAAAAUUGUAAAUAAAAUAAAAAAAACUUUUGUUUCGGUUUACUUUUUAAUAUCAAAUUAAAACACAAAGCAGUAAAGAUGAAGUUUGAUUAACAAGCUUUUUUCUUCUCCAACAACACAAUGUGGCUCAGUGCAAUAAUUUGGACAACAAAAAUAAAUAGGAGUGAUACCUGUCACAUCUAAUACACAAGCUUCGUGCCUCUCUGACAAAUCGGUGUGCUGUCACUUCACAGCCUGUGUUCAAUUCGAUGAGGUGACAAAACAUUUGAGCUAGUGUUGAUGUUACUGGAACCCUGAAAAAGUUGUCGAUUAAAUCAAGUACGUGUUUCGGCCUUUCCAGGCUUUCCCAGGUUCUAAACCAAAGGCCGUGGGCUGAGUCGGGACAGUUGGUGCACUUUCAAAUGCACUUCUGAGUCCAACAUAAGUCUCUCAAAAAAUAGCUUUAUUUGCAAAAAGGUCUUCUUUCCAAUAGUCCAUCCAAGGUGAACAAAAACAAGUUUAACUGCAUACAAAGUUAUAAGCACAAAACUAAGGCUCAUGUGUUGAGUAAGAAGUAGUCAAAAACCGUUUUCACCGCCAGUCUCUCAACCUAACAUUUUUUGUCCUAUCAAUUUCACCUCUGCGCCCCGAUAUGCUCUCAUCACAGGUGCUGUAUAUGACACAGAAUGUAAAUGACGCUUUAUAAUUCAAUAAAUUAACGUGCAAUGUAUCAAAACAUAUUUUCAUGGCAAUUCCAAAACUAAUUUAACUUAACAAUAUAUGUAGUACUAGAGAAAUAUAAAUAACACAAACAUGGCUACCACAACCAUAAUGAGAGAAAAAAAAAAUUAAAGUACAGUAGCACAGUAGGCCCAAGUAUUCAUCAAACACCAUCGCAAUGACAAACACCAAAGUGCAGUAGCGUAGUAGGCCCACGCAUUCAUCGAGCAACAAAUAAAUAAUGAAUUUAACUUAAUAAUAUAUGCAGGAAUACAGAAAUAUAAAUAACACUAAAAUGGCUACAACAGUACGAGCGACCUUUCCAAAAAAUAAAUAAGACGUUAUCAACAAGUUGUGGCAACGUUCUCUGCACAUAAUUUUAUUGAUUUACUCCUGUCCUCUACACCAGGGUCCCCAAACUACGACCCGCCAGCGUCCAAAAUCCGUCCUGCGGGAAGACCCAAGUUUAAAAACAAAACAAAACAUAAAAAAUAGUUUUUACUAUUAUUUUAAAAAAUCUGUCUUUUCUAAUCCAUUUUUUUUACCGCUUGUUACAUAUGCAUACAGUACAAACCAAAAGUUUGGACAAACCUUCUCAUUUCAAUGCGUUUUCUUUAUUUUCAUGACUAUUUACAUUGUAGAUUGUCACUGAAGGCAUCAAAACUAUGACACCUGUGAAGUGAAAACCAUUUCAGGUGACUACCUCUUAAAGCUCAUCGAGAGAAUGCCAAGAGUGUGCGAAAAAGUAAUCAAAGCAAAUGGUGGCUAUUUUGAAGAAACUAGAAUAUAAAACAUGUUUUCAGUUAUUUCACCUUUUUUUGUUAAGUACAUAACUCUACAUGUGUUCAUUCAUAGUUGUGAUACCUUCAGUCACAAUCUACAAUGUAAAUAGUCAUGAAAAUAAAGAACAUAUUUGCACACCCUGCAAUUUUGCAAGUUCUCCCACUUAGAAAUUAGGGAGAGGUCUGAAAUGUUCAUCAUAGAUGUAUUUCCACUGUUAGAGACAUAAUCUAAAAAAAAAGAAUCCUGAAAUCACAUUGUAUGAUUUUUUUAAUGAUUUAUUUGUAUGUUACUGGGGUUCAUAAGUAUUUGUACACAUGAGAAUCAGCAAGAAUUAUGACUCUCAAAAAGCUGUCAGUCUACCUUAAAAUAAGUCCACCUUUACCCCACAACUAAUCACCCACCCACCACCCCUUUGAGCUCAUUAAUGUCACCUGUGCAGCCCACAGUCAGUCAAGGUACAACUACAACCAUGGGCAAGACCAAAGAGCUGUCAAGAGGCCAGAGACAAAAUUGUAGAGCUCCACAAAGCUGGAAAAGGCUAUGGGACAAUUGGGAAGCAGCUUGGUGAAAAUAGAUCAACUGUUGCAGCAAUUGUUAGAAAAUGGAAGAGGCUAAACAUGACUGCUAAUCUACCUCGGACUGGGGCUCCAUGUAAAAUCUCUCCUCAUGGGGCAUCACUCAUGAUAAGAAAAGUGAGGAAUCAGCCAAGAACUACACGGCAGGAGCUGGUGAAUGACCUGAAGAAAGCUGGCACCACUGUUUCCAAGACUACUAUCAGUAGAAUACUACGGCGUAGUGCUCUAAAAUCAUGCAUCGCAUGGAAGGUUCCCCCACUUAAGUCAGCCCAUGUCCAGGCCCGUCUGAAGUUUGCCAAUGGCCAUCUGGAUGAUCCAGAGGAGUCAUGGGAGAAAGUCAUGUGGUCAGAUGAGACCAAAAUACAACUUUUUGGUAUAAACUCCACUCGUCGGGUUUGGAGGAAAAAGAAGGAUGAGUAUCAUCCCAAGAACACCAUUCCUACAGUGAGGCAUGGGGGUGGAAACAUUAUGCUUUGGGGGUGCUUUUCAGCAAAGGGGACAGGACGACUGCACUGUAUUCAGGAGAGGAUGAACGAGGCCAUGUACUGAGAGAUUUUGGCCAAAAACCUCCUUCCCUCAGUCAGAGAAUUGAAGAUGGGUCGUGGCUGGGUCUUCCAACAUGACAAUGACAGCCAGGAUAACCAAGGAGUGGCUCCAUACCAAGCAUAUCAAGGUUCUGGAGUGGCCUAGCCAGUCUCCAGACCUAAAUCCAAUAGAAAAUAUUUGGAGGGAGCUGAAACUUCGUGUUGCUCGGCGACAGCCCCGAAACCUGACAGAUCUAGAGAAGAUUUGUGUCGAGGAGUGGGCCAAAAUCCCUGUUGCUGUCUGUGCAAACCUGGUGAAAAACUAUAGGAAACGUUUGACCUCUGUAAUUGCAUUCUGCACUAAAUAUUAACACUGAUGUUCUCAUGUGUGCAAAUACUUAUGAACCCCAGUAACAUAAUAAUAAAUCAUUAAAAAAUCAUACAAUGUCUCUAACAGUAGUAAUACAUCUAUGAUGAACAUUUCAGACCUUUCCCUAAUUUCUAAGUGGGAGAACUUGCAAAAUUACAGGCUGUGCAAAUACUUGUGGACCUCACUGUGUAUAAGUGUGUGUGUGUGUGUGUGUGUGUGUGUGUGUGUGUGUGUGUGUGUGUGUGUGUGUGUGUGUGUGUGUGUGUAUGUAUGUAUGUAUGUAUGUAUAUAUAUAUAUAUAUAUAUACACACAUACAUAUAUAUAUAUAUAUAUAAAGUGUGUGUAUAUAUAUAUAUAUACAUAUGUGUGUGUGUGUGUAUAUAUAUAUAUAUAUGUGUGUG